AUGGCGUGGGAUAUUGUAGACAUCCAAGUAAAGAUGAUGCUCGCAUACACAUCAACUAGCAAUCUUGAUCUCACUAUCGCCAUUCACAAUUGGGAUCAUGAUCGGACAAGUGACCCGCCUUUCAUACUGCUUCGCUUUAACCGUAGUGAUUUAUGUGAAACAGUUUCUUUGAAAUGCACCGAGGACGCGGUCAGUUUAGAGCUCACCAUAGGUAUCAUAGGUCGCGAUUCAUUCUCAGGACCCCCCCCUCAUAUUGAUUACCUGGUGGAAACAAAUUUAAUUUUUUUAAAGCUGUAUCAGACGUUGUGGAUUUAUUUCUUACGCGGUAAAAGAGCCUUAAGUGGGGUAAGUGGUGAGUAA